AUGGUCAAAGAAAUCGAUCCUAGCAUCAACGAGAGCCAGUUUCUCUUGAGCGCCCUCAAAGACGGACGUCGUGUCGAUGGUCGCGGUGUAUAUGACAUGCGGUCUAUUGAAUUGACAUUUGGCCAAGAUUUUGGUUAUGUGCAAGUUCAAUUAGGAAAAACAAGAAUUGCAGCAAAGGUAACCGCAGAAGUCGUGCGUCCUCGUCCAGACAAGCCUACAGAGGGUAUGCUUUUGUUCAAUACUGAGAUUUCACCAAUGGCCUGCCCAACUUUUGAAUCUGGAAGUCGAUCAGAGGAAGAGGUUUUAAUUAGUCGUAUCAUUGAAAAGGCUAUGCGUCGUAGCAGAGCCAUUGAUACCGAGGGUCUUUGUAUUGUAGCCGGUGAAAAGGUCUGGCAAAUUCGCGUAGACCUUCAUUUCUUGGAUCAUGAUGGAAAUCUGGUGGAUUGUGCGUGCAUAGCUGCCAUCACUGCUCUCUUGCAUUUCAGACGACCUGAUGUCACAGUUGUUGGAGAAGAAGUAACAAUUCAUCCAGUUGACCAGCGUAACCCAGUACCCUUGAGUGUGCAUCAUAUACCGAUCUGUAUUACAUUUGGCUUUUUUGACAAUGGUGAGUACUUGACUGUAGAUCCCAGUUAUUUGGAGGAACAGGUCAAGGAGGGUGAUAUGACCAUUACUAUGAACAUCCACAAAGAGAUCUGUGCAUUGUCAAAGGCAGGUGGUAUUCCACUGGAGAUGGAUCAGGUCCUACGAUGCUCCCAGAUUGCACUUGUUAAGGUUACAGAAAUCACAGAACAAAUAAAAAAGGCACUUGAAGAUGACAAGGCAGCAAGGUAA